AUGGUGAUCGCCUGUGCAGGCCGCAUGCGCCAGUCUCUCCUUGGUCAGACCCCACCCCAAACCGCCCAAGCCCCGCCCGACGCCCGGAGGUCCCGCGUGGGCCUCGUUGCCAUGGACUCCCACAGGAUGAGCUCCUCCCUAAAGCCGUUGGGGCCGCCUGUGAGCCAGGACCGGAUCAUCACCACCUUCCCUAAGUGGUACACACCUGCCGCCUGCCUGCAGCUCAAGGAGCACUUUCAUGGGCAGGUUAGUGCAGCCUGUGAGCGUGGAGACACAGGGACAGUCGGGCUCAGACUCUCCAAGGUGGUGGUCGUGGGGGACCUGUAUGUUGGGAAGACCAGCCUGAUCCACAGGUUCUGCAGGUCUGCCCACAUGUCCCCCUGCCCCAGUGGCUCGGACCACUGCGAUGUGUCUCACUACCGCUCUGUGUCCCCCUCCUUCUCUCCACCUCACAGCUGGGACACGGCCGGGCAAGAGAAGUUCAAGUGUAUUGCGUCUGCCUACUACCGGGGAGCCCAGGCCAUCAUCACCGCCUUCGACCUGUCUGACCUGCAGACCCUUGAGCACACCAGGCAAUGGCUGGAGGAUGUGCUACAAGAGAACAAGCCGGGCUCCAGUGCCGUUUUCCUAGUGGGGACCAAGAAGGACCUUCUGUCAGGCGCAGCAUGUGCACUAACUGAAAGGGAGGCCGUGUGCCUGGCCAACGAGAUGCAGGCCGAGUACUGGGCAGUGUCAGCUAAGACAGGGGAGAACGUGAAGGCACUCUUCAGCCGUGUGGCCGCGCUGGCCUUUGAGCAGUCGGUCCUGCAGGAGCUGGAGAGGAGGGGCAGCGCCCGGUUCCAGGUCGGCGACGCAGGCCUCAUCCGGAUGGAGGGGAGCCUGCCUGAGGCCCAGGAGAGCGAGAAGCCUUCCAGCCUGGGCUGCUGUUAG